AUGAUCCAUGCCAAGGAAUUGAGCCUGAAAUACUGGGGUGAAGCAGUGAAUAACGUCGUGUACACUCUCAAUCGGACUGGUAAAUGCCAAGUGGACGGAAAGUCGCCAUUUGAAUUGUGGUUUAAUAAAAAGGCUGAGUUAUCUGUGCUGCGAGUUUUUGGAUCGGAAGCUUUCGUGCAUAUACCCCAGGAAAAACGAAGAAAGCUUAAUGCGAAAUCCAAGAAAGGCGUGUUUGUCGGAUACGAGGAAAAUUGUAAAGGCUAUAGGAUUUGGAUACCUAAUGAAAGAAAAAUUGAGGUUUCGAGGGAUGUUAUCAUCAGAGAAACGUGCAAAGAACCCGCAUAUGUACAUGAAGAACACGUAGAAGCAGAAUCUCCAGUUGAAAAACCAGAUACGAACACUGACAAUCCAGAAAUCAGAACUAAUGGCUGUGGCGAAAUUUUUACUAAAGAUCUCGAUAUCAAAGAUGCAAAUAAUGAACUAGAGGUACGUAAGAUCGUGACACGUUCGAAAAGUAGAGAGACUGAAAUUAAAGCUGCUCUAAGCUAUGCGUAUGUUGCUGAAACUGAUGAGCCGGACUGCUAUGAGAAGGCGGUCUCUAGUAACUAUUGUGCGCAGUGGAAGAGUGCCAUGGAUGAGGAGUUUAAUUCGUUGAUAGCAAACCAAACCUCGUCAUUGGUGAGUUUACCUAAAGGAAGAACAGCAGUUUCGAAUAAAUGGGUCUACAAAGUCAGGCGUGACAGAAAAGGUGAAAUUGAACGCUUAAAGGCGCGUCUGGUGGCUCGCGGCUUUACGCAGAAGUUCGGAACAGAUUACUUUGAGACUUUUAGCCCUGUUGCCAAGUUUACGUCCAUUAGAAUGAUCCUUGCGAUGUCAGUUGGGCUUGACAUGAUAGUAAAGCAGUUUGAUGUGAAGACAGCAUUUCUCUAUGGCACUCUUAAUGAGGAGAUUUAUAUUGAUCAACCUACUGGCUACGAAGAUGGAACUGACAGGUUGUGUAAGCUGAGCAAAAGUCUUUAUGGUUUAAAGCAGGCAUUGAGAUGUUGGAAUCAACAAUUUACGCAGAUGCUGGAGAAUUUUAACCUAAAAGUUAGUGCAGCGGAUCCUUGCGUUUUUAUUGGUAGUUUCAACGAUGCGAAAUUAAUUCUUGCGAUUUAUAUUGACGAUGGCAUCAUAGCAAACACAACUGCAGCAUUAAUAGAAUUACAGCAAGCUAAUAUGCAUUUGGAUAUAUCAGCCCAUUUGAUAAAAUCAACAAUUUCGCGUGACUCACCAGUAUUACGGGUCCUUUUCCACGCCGGUACAGAUCCAGGUGGACACUUACAAAGACAAAGGAUUUGCGUUCUAUUGCACAUUUCACUGGGCACUCAAGUUCCCUUAAAAGGUCGAUGCAUGCCGGAAGGUGAAGAUAAUGUGUGUGUCGCUGAGGUUAUCAUACCUUCGAUAUGGUGGCCAGGAUAUCCAUCAAUAAUGGGGAGCAGCAACACUUCACAGAAGUUUCCACACAGAGUGAUACAGGCGUCAUACAGCGUAUUUGAACCCUCUCCACGUAACUCUGAACAAUGUGAACCAAAAGUCCAAAUUCAACCCUUGACAACGUUCGCUCAUAUCCCACUUGUUGCUGCUAUGGUACCAUUCAAAGAAAUUCGCAUUGACGACCAACUUACGUUUCUUCUGCCACAAAAUGCAUUGUAUCCUAUGUCAAAAAUUUAUGUACCAGUCGUUUUUCACUCAACACAAGGUUCGACUGUAUCAGCAAUUACUGUACGAGCGCGUGUAAAGUCAGGUGUAAAAAUUUUGGGUGCUACGACAUCGACCGAUUUUUGGAGUAUAUCAAUUGAGAAGGAAAAUCAAAAACAUACUACAGCUAGAGUUACAGCAUUUAGAAAAGAAUCAGAAGUACCUGCUGAGAUUAACAGUGACACGAAAAACUCAAGCUUCGAGAACAGCUCUCUCGAAAUAUUCUCUUGGCUCCUUGAACUUGGCGAUAGUGCAGCAGAUAUAUUGGAUGGUGGAAAAGUAGUUUGGUAUGUUUCUUAUGUGUAUAAGUCCGAAAAAUCGAAAAAUUUGAUUCCGAGCAGUACAGUUGGUGAUGAAUCUAAGAAAAGACUUUCAACAAAACUAGAAAUCAACAAAGAUGACAUUCAAGCAGUAUUACCAAUGGCAAAGAAUUGGGAGUUAAUCAACACUGCUGUUUUAACUGGCCGUCAGGUGGCUCAAGCUAUGAAAGUUUUUAUAGUAUCACAAGCUGGUAAAGUAGCUGAUGUUACGUUACAAAGUUCCUGCUACGCUGAGGAUGAAAGUGUUAUCAAGGUGUCUUCGUCAUGCAGUUCAGUUUAUGUCGACGGCUCUGAAAUAAGGGGAUCAUCUAAUGCUUCAGUUGUUGUAAAAUAUGGAUCGUAUGCUGGAUUGGCAAAAUUUACUGUUUGGAUGCCAGAAUUUCCAUUGGAAGUUUAUGUGUCGGACUUUCGACUUUCACAGAUCAAAGGGUGGAAAGUCGUUGACGACAGCAGUAUUUUGUCAGGUAAACAAAGCCAACGUCGUAAAAAAAGAUCCAACGGAUGGAGUCACUAUAAAAGUGAAGUAGGGAUAGCAGAUAAAGUUGUUUGUAAGGCCCGGUAUCAACAAAGCCCUGUGGAAGUAUAUGCCCGAUUUUUAGCUAUUGAUCAAAACUCUGGACGCAUAAGUUAUUUUAUCUCACGCCGCACUGGUCUGCGUGUUACGGAUUUGGUUCAACCGCUCCUACGUGUAUCCGAUCCGAAAAUUGCUACAUUGAAAGGAAGAAUUCUGCAAGGAAAAUCAAUGGGACGAACCGAUAUACAGGUUCUAUCCCCUAUAACAGGACGCGUGAUAGGGACAAAGGAAAUUCGCGUUGGUAGUGACAAAGUCAGCUUAAAAAAGUUAAUUGUGCGUGUGAUCUCAGGACUACAAUUAACUAUUUCCCCAGACAGUGGUAUUGACAACGGUUAUACAGCAGAAACUUCGGUCACAAAUAAAUUAACUGCGCAAUAUCAGGAAGGAUUGCUAGAUAUUGAUCUACAAUUUUCAGAUGGAUCAAAAACGCCUUUAAGAGACAUCUCGGUGGAAGAUUAUUUCCUGCUGGUCGAGAGUUUAGACACCGAAGUCGUUGCAUUUGCUCCAAUGUUAGCAUCGCAUCACCCGCGUGUCAUCGCAGUUGGGGAAGGAAAUGGAGAUUUGUUGCGUGUAACUUUGCUCUUGUCCGAAGAUUGCCGCAUGCGACGAAGUUUGGCAUCAUCUAAACAUAUGAAGUCCAAUUUUUCCCCCCUAAUAAGUUCCCUGGCGGCUGUUGAGGUUGACUUCAAUAAUUUUGAUAACAGUAACAAACUCGAAUCUAUUCAAAAUGAUGGAAUUGUUGGCAAGGACAGAAAAAGCUUUCGCAACAAUGGGGAUUUAGCUGAUAUCAUUGUAGGUAUUCCUAUGAAAUAUGCACAUCACAAUGACGAGUCUGUUUUGAUGCAAACAAGGCAGAAUCAUGGAAGCACUCAAUCCUUGAAAAACUACCGAAAUAGCAGGUAUCCUUUCCGCAAUAACAUGUCGUCCAUGGAAAUCGGAGUUUAUGUCCUCCUUACUGCUUUUUGCUUUGCGAUCGUCGUUUUUGUCAUUUCAUGUGUUGUAUAUGCGUCGAAAUUCAGACCAAGAGCCAUUGACACUGGUCCUUUAGAAUUGAGCAAAGCUAUCAUCACUCCCAACAUGUUGUCAAAGGAAUUACGUUUCCCGAAGGAAUCUACAACCAAUGUUCACGACUGGGUGUGGUUGGGACGUUCGACAAUGGACAGAUCAUCUCUUAUUAACGAUUCAACGUCAAAUAAUGAUAAUCGAGAUUCACGCAUAAAGAUUACAAAUAAUCCGAUUAACCUUGUGAAAAAUUCCGUUACAUCGUUUGAUGGUCAUCCACGAAAUGCAACUAGGCAGCAACUUAAAAUAACCAGGCCGGAGUGCCAUGAUAGCAACUGCUGCAUUAAGACGAUCGAAUAUAGGCCGCCCGUUCCUCCACAUCGUAAUAUAGGCGUAAGAGCUUUCGUAAGUUUUGAAAACAAAGAGAAUCCAACAGAGAGUUUAGUCGAAGCUGAUUUGAAAGAGAGGGACAACCAUCUAGACCAAUGUCAUCAAGAUUUUGCACAAAUAAAAGCAGCGGACCAUGAUUGUCACAGACAAAAAACAUUUAAUAUGAAAAAGAAGCCUUCGCAAAACGCUGAAUGCGAAAAAAUGCAUAAUGCUGAAAAAUUAGUACAAUUUGCUAACUAUAGUAAAAAAACUGCUUUCCAAUUUGACUCUCUUCCACAAAAACACAACACUAUCAAUGUUACAGAUGAUUCCUUAACUUGUGAGACACAUGAAAACAAAGCACGAGUAGCAGUAGCUGCGGGUCAGAGAGGCGCCACAAAAUUAUUACGGCAGAAUCUAGAAUUGGGGUCCGGUCUGAGGAAGGAAAUUAAGAGAGCUACAGUUGUUGGAAAUCCUAUGUUUUCUAGCACAACCGAUGACCACGUAGAUAGUCAUAACGAUCUGGUCCUUGACGGCUUUGAAAUGGAUUACGAACAAAUUAUGCAUUAUUUUGACAAUUUAAAGGUAGGUGAUUCUGCGUAUAGCGUUUUUUAUAUUUAAAAUGCUAUCGGAGUUCGCGUGAUGUAGAAAAUGAGCAUAGAUAGAGGAGAAGUUCCGUCAAUAACAAAAACUGAGAACAGCGACAAGAGUUCGGUAAAACCAGGCGGAUGUAUUUCCAGAGAUUAAGCGAUUCUGGUGCCAUGCUUAUUCAUUAUAGAUAAGUCGGACUGUACCCCCUCUGGGGUCGCGGCCAUUAGAAAAAACAAGUGUUUUUAGGACCGUUUUUCACAUUCUGUCAGCAGCUAAAUCUAUAAGAUUUUCCUUCAUCUUCAAGUUUAGAUUAGCUCUAUUGACCAAUCCAAGAAAGAGUUGUCAGCUUCGGAGUCUAGGUCUGGCAAGUAAAUAAAAAGUUUCUCUUCCAAAUUAUGCAAGCUCUGUAUCAUGUAAGGAAUGUGAGAACUUACUGCAAGCGAUUGGUCUGUGCCACUAUCUUCAACAAUCAUCUGAAUACUAAACUAUAACCUGAAAUACUAAACUAUAUAUUUUUGCAGAGAAGUUUACCACAAAUGAAGUUUUGCGUGGCAUGCUUUGAUUUUAUCCUUUGCUGUUAAAAUAUUUUCUUCUUUUCCUUGGAGGUUCUUGUUUAAAUUAUUUAGGUGGAUGAAAAGAUCAGCAAGAAAUGCUAAUUUCAAGAGCCAAACAUUAACAAUUCAUAUUUCAGUCCUAGAACUCUUGUCAAUACCUUUCCUUUUGUUAGUGUGAUUUUACAUACAAACGAUCGUUUGCUUCUCAGUAUUUCUCGUGCUGCGUAUAUAUUUCAGCCUCAUUAGAAAAG